AUGAUCAUGCGUUUUAUCAACAUCGAUAUUAAUUUUUCUUUAACAGAUCGAUCUAUAAAAGCUGCCUAUCCUAUGCCAGGAAGUAGUUGUGGGAUGAAUUUCCAAGUUUAUUGCCGAAGACUAUCAAAUACUUUUUCAAUGAGGGACGAUGGAUGUAAUAACAACAUAUCUCUCCAUUCCACUUAUGCAUGCGGAGAUGAAGACUGUGAAUACGUGUAUACGGCUGUUCAAAAAACAUAUACUUAUUCAUUUUGGACGUCAUUUUCUGAAAGCGUAUUUUCCAUUUCAGAUCCACAGAAAGGAAACCAACUGUUUAUUCGUGUCUGCAAACAAAAGGCCACUCUUCCUUCCGUUGGGCGUGGUUUUCCCAACAUUUACUCUCAAACAGAUCCAUCCUACUCGAUAGCAAUUAUGAAGUCAGAUACCUAUCAGUCUCCUACCUUUAGUAGGACAUCUACCACAUCGACGGUAAUACUGUACACCCCAACUGAUCCAAAGAUUACAAUCAGUGAUAGCAUGUCUAGUUUAUACUUCUUCCUUUAUAAACCCGCACCACCAUUCUUCUUACCCAACAACUAUCAAAAAGGUGCAGUCGUUGACUCCAGCACUUGCACUCAUCACCGUCUUGCAGGCUGUCACCACCUCUUGAUCAAAACAGCAACUACUACCAUGAUCACCAAGAUUAUUUAA